UAUUUGCGUGAUUGUCUUUGUGCGUCAGCCCUGUGAAUGACUGGUGACCAUUCCAGAAUGUACCUGGCCUCUCGCCUGUUGUCAACUGGGAUAGGCUCCAGCCCCCCCUGACCCUGCAUAGAUAAAGUGAUAUAGAAAAUGGAUUAUGGAUGAAUGGUUACAAGAACACACAACUAUCUUUUUCCUGUCAGCAAUGAUUCUUCUUUUGUUCAAACACCAUGUGUCCUACACAUGGGUGCACUUACUUCUAAAGAAACUAUAGUGUGCAGCCUAACUUUUUUGAAGAAACUUUACCCUUUAAAUUAGCCAAGUUGCUUAAGUUUUCUCUUGACAAAUUACAUUUGCAUCUGAUCAAAAGUAAGAUGCAAAGUUCAAUUCAGCAUUUUUCAAUCUUCUACAAUAAUCUGAUAAGUCAGUGUCCAACAAUCCAUUUUGGGUCUUUGUUGUUGAAAAUUUGUGGUGAUGAUAUCAGCGAAUGAAGGAUUAUGAAAACAUGAGGAUUACGAGUUACAUUGUGGUUCUUGACUCAACAACCAAGACAGUCAAUGUAGGGGGAAACAUGUGUUCACUGUUUCCAAAAUAGCACCUUCAGUGUCACUUCUUGUUAGCCAAUCAAAUGAUGUCCUCUCUCUAAGAGUAAAGAAAGUAUAGAAGGUCUCUACACUCAUCAAGACUUUUUAAUCACGAUGACAUCUCCGAGGUUUGCUUUAUACCUGACUUGUCUGUGCUUGUGGAGAAUGGGUAAGUUUGGUCUUUUGUCAGUUUUAUUUGUAUCUUCACCCAAAUGACUGUAGACAUCAUUGAAUUUUAUGUUGAUCUUCUUUGGUCUCUUUUCUUUUCAGCUCUGGCAAUUACGUCUCUGCAUCAGGAGAGUGGUUUUGUAUCUGUUAAUGUUGGAAACAGUGUGACAUUACGAUGUUUCUAUGAAGAUGAAGUUGGAGCAACAUUUUAUUGGUAUAAACAAAUACUGGGACAGAAUCCAAGGCUGGUCUCUAGCUUCUAUAAACAUAACAAAAAAGGCACUUUUACUGAUGAAUUCAUGAACAACCAGCGCUUCACACUGGAUACUGAAAAUGGUAAAAAUCACUUGACAAUCUCAGAUUUGCGCAUUUCAGACUCAGCUACUUAUUACUGCGCAAGCUGCUAUGCAUACAACAUUAAUUUUGCAGAAGGAAUUACUGUCAGUGUGAAGGGUUCAGGUUUGGACAUCCCAGUUUUGGUCCAUCAGUCAGCAUCUGAGACCAUCCAGCCAGGAGGCUCUGUGACUCUGAACUGUACAGUACACACUGGGACCUGUGAGGGAGAACACAGUGUUUACUGGUUCAAAAGGUCUGAAGAUUCUCCUCAAGCACUCAUUUACACCCAUGGAGGCAGGAAUGAUCAGUGUGAGAGGAGACCCGACACACAAACACACUCCUGUGUCUACAACUUGCCGAUGAACAGCCUGAAUAUUUCUCAUGUUGGGACCUACUACUGUGCUGUUGCCACAUGUGGACACAUACUGUUUGGAAAUGGGACCAAGCUGGACAUUGAGAAUGAGGUGAACCCUCCUGACAGCCGUCUGUACUUCUUGAGUGGUGCUUUGGUAUUCUGCACCAUCCUGGUUGUUUUCCUGACUUUCUCAGUGUACAACCUGAACAAGAGAAACAGAUGCCAAUGCACAGCAGAGUCUCAAAGAGCUUCAGCUUCUACCACAACAAAUGGAGAGGGUUACCAAGAUGCAGACAAUCUCCAUUAUGCUGCUUUAAGGGAGUACAGAGUCAGCAGGUCAAGAAGACAGAGAGACAACACUGAAACUGUAUGUGUGUACUCCAGUGUCAGGCAGUAGAGCUGGACACGCUUCAUCUGUACUUUGUUUAUGUCUAAGGUCUAAUUUUGUUAACACCUAUUAAAGUGAAUGCCAUUAGAUUUUCUUAAAAUAAAAUAGUAACAGUGCGUACUGUAUAAUAAAUGUAAAUCCUUGUAUCCAACCAUUUGAACAAGCUUAUGCAGCAACUCUAUGUAUGAUGUGCUGGUGAAGCUGUCAGAUUUCCAUUUUCACAGUCCCUGCUGUAUUGAUCUGUCAGUGCUGAAUGGCUGAAAACAAAACAAAAGCUUCCAGGUUCCAGGUUUGAAUCUGGGACCUUCUGUGCCUGCGUGGGUUUUCUCCGGGUAUUCCAGUUUCCUCCCACAGUCCCAAAAGCAUGCACAUUUGGCUAACUGGCUACUCUACAUUGCUCCUGUGUGUGAGCGUGUGCGGCUGUCUGUCUUUGUGUGUCAGCAGGGUGUGUUCCCCUUGUUGCUCAUAUUCAGCUGGGAUAGACUCCAGUCCCCCCGUGACCCUUAUGGAUAAGCAGUAUAGAGAAUGGAUGGAUGAAUGUUUUUGCAGAUGUUGCUUUAAGAUGUAAAAAGCUCUUUGACAGUUUCUCUCUUUGCCUGCAGUGAAAAGAUCAAACCUCUGUAUGCUUUACUAAGGGCAGAAGCAGAAUGAGUUCUUAUUGUAAUUUUGUUGUCUGCAAUAACCACUAGGCUUUAUAAUGAUUAUAAUGAUAAUGAUUUGUUUUUUUCAAUGAAAUCUGUACACUGAAAGGGCCAGAUGCACUGGUGUGUGUGAAGGACCCUAAGGGAAAUACAUUUUAACCUGUUUUCUUAAUGACAGUGCAAAAGAAGUAACCGUUGACUCCAGAUAUGAGAAAAGGCAUGUGGCUGCUCUCUUCAAGUCAACAGAACUAGUCGUGACUGGGAUGACAGUGCAGAGGGAAUUUAGCAUUCUAUAUGCCCACAUAAGAGCAAAGAAUGAAACUAAAACAAGUAAAACAACUCUUGUUGCUAGUUUGGAGCACAAACACUUCAUAUGACCCAAGUGAGUCUUGGAGGCGUGGGUGAGUAGCUUGUCUGCUACUUUGACAGAACAUGCAAAAAAGAAAUGUAAAACUGAUGGGGUCUUUCUAUUUUAUAUAUAUAACAUAGCACGCUACGUUGUUAUUUGGCUCUGUUCGGCUGUGAACACAGAAAUGAAACAGUCUUUUCUCUUUCACUGUAGCAGCCUUCGUGGUUUUCAACAGGAUGUGGACGUGUUUGUGCUCUUAGUGGGCAGUCAGACUGAAAACGGCCCCAUGUUACACCAGGCAGGGCUCUGCAUUUGGGGGGGUGUGCAGUUUAAGGUACAGAUGACACAGAGAUUUACACUGCAAGAAGACCAGUUGGAGGGAAAGAUAAAUGCAUUUAAAAUCUGUGUAACUAAAUUCUGAGCUAAUGACUCAGAGAAGCUAAGAGGCUGCCUCUGCUGUGUGUGUGUGUGGAUGCAUAUUCCUGUAGCUUUAGCUUGAUGUCUUCAUUAUUGUACAGUGGGAGGAAGUGGAGACUCGUGUUGUCAAUUUUAUAUAUAUUUUAUAUGUUUUGUAUGCAAAUGUUUUCGACCCACAAAAUGCCGGUUUUCAGAAAUUACCGGCUGUGUUCUUACAUCCAUGUGACUGGUCAACAUAGCAUCAUUUGUGUAUUUCACCAGUGUUCAUAUAAUAUAUAUAUACAUAUUGGACUCUUUAAUCUUAAGGCGGUAUGUGUGAAAAUAGUUCCUUGGGCUAUGGCUAUUGGGUUAUGAUCCAUUUCUUCCAACCACAGUGUUAAAAGAUAUUUAGAUAUUUCAAGAUUUAUCAAACUGACUUUCAGCACCAAGGGUAGCUCCAUGUUCAGGGUGGGUUAGUCACUGUGAAUUUCUGUGGUGCUGCAAUGCAUGCAUUUGACUUCUUUUUCAAAAUCUGUGUAGCAACAAGUCAUGUCAGCUAUAGUGUUUUCAGAAGGUUUAUCUUGGGUAAUGAGGAGACAAAAUGGCUGAUCAUAGCAGGACAAAAUACAGUGUCCGUUACAGCUUGAAAUAAGCUUUAUAUCAUUAUAAACAAUGAUCUGAUAUUUUCCAUUUGUCGCCAAUGUUAGUGUUCUCAAAAACCAAACUUGACAGAGCAGGCAGCAGUGAACAUAUGAUCCCGUUCCCUUAACAGGUCAUAUACAGUCAGUUCAGGUUGGUCAGUCAAAUACAGUCUUGGCCAUAAGAGUGGAGAAAGUUUCCAGAUUCUUUUCAUUAAACACCGAAAUUCAAGCACGAUAACAUUUGUUCUUGUGGAAAGUAGGUGAGUAGCUUUAAUCACUCCAGUAUUUAUGUUUUAAUGUAACACCACUCCUCAUGUUUCUAAUGUGUAAUGACAAUGCUGAAUCAGCCACAUAACCUAAAAAUAAAUGGGGACUUGCUUUGUGUCUCUUUCCCCUUCAGCUCAGACAGCUGCUCUUACACUGUCCUCAUUUGCUUGCCAAGAAAAUAGUUUUGGAUCAAUUAAAACUAGAGACAACUGGACUCUACAGUGUUUUUAUAAAAGUGACGUUCCUGCAGUAUUACUGGUAUAAACAAAUCCUGAGACAGAAACAAAGGCUGAUCUCAAACUUGAACACCAUUGAUACAAAUGGCACUUUUUGUGAUGAAUUCAAAAACAAUCCAUGCUUCACACUGGAAAUUAAAAAUGGCAGAAACUUGUCAUUUAUAGACAAUAUAUAUUUCAGAGAGCAUGACUGUCAGUGUGAAAGAUUUAAAUUUGAAGACGCUUGUGAUGGUCCAUCAGUUAGCAUCCGACCAGGAGGCUCUGUGACUCUAAGGAAAUCCAACACACAAACACACUCCUGAGUCUACAGUUUGACAAUGAAGAGCCUGAAUAUUUCUCAUGCUUGGACCUGCUACUGUGCUGCUGCCUCAUAUGGAGACAUGGUGUUUGGAAAAGAAACCAAACUGGACUUUGAGUGUAGGUAACUUUUCUUGCCGAGG